AAUCUCUGAGAGUGAAGUUGGCGGCCGCCCUGCGCGAUGACCGAAUGAGCUACCGGUGAUGGCCAGCGAAAGCGAUGAUAAGUGUCGUGCUCGCGAACUGUGGGUGAGAGUGACGACUGGCGAUGGGGGUGAGGGCAGUGGCUGUAGUGAGGCCACGCGCGACUCCUGGUGGCGCCUGAUACGGCAGCGGUAUGGCGAGCCUUCGCGGCAUCACCACAACCUCGACCACCUGAACCACAUGGCAGAACUGUGGGCCGAGUACGCCGACCACCUGAGCAACCCAAGGGCCGUGGCACUGGCGCUGUUUUUCCAGUACCUCGAGUAUGAUCCCAAGUCCCAGGACAACGAGGAACGAUGCAUCGAAGACUUCCGGCGGUUCGCGGAAGAAGCUAGGAUUCCCACAGUGGAAGCGGACACUUUGUUCGCACACUGCCAAUACAAAGACUACACGGAAAAAGUGCGCCUGGAAUACAGUUUUGUUCCCGACGCCAUCUACAAAAGCCUUCGCUCGAAGGUCCUUCGGUCUUUUCUGCAGAUUCCUAACAUCUUCUCAACGGAGCCCUUCCGGAGAUUAUACGAAGAGCGUGCCAAGAGCAACAUUAGGGACGAAAUCGCCGAGCUGGACACGUAACGGUCUUGGCGAAGCAAGACAAAG